AUGAGCAUAUUUUGGAACUUUGAGGCGACCAAGAGUGCUCUGUUGACAUUCGACGUCUCAGACGGGACAUGCACAGUAGGAACUGACUGUCCUCAACUGUCACUAUGGGUCAUCGUGUCGCCCGUGAACGAUGCACGGCUUCCAUUCGACUACGCCUCGGACACCAUAUCAAUUUCGGAGUCGGAUGCCAUCGGCACUGUCCUGUUCGACAACUCAGUCACCACCUGCUUAGACACUGAUGAGGGGGUGGCAGACCACGCUGUUUGCUACUACGAGCUGGUCGAGGUGGAUCCCAGUUCUAGCUUCGACUCCUUCGCCGUGAACCCCCUCACUGGUGACGUCACCCUGGCCCAGACUCUGGACAGAGAGGGCGACUAUGGCUCCGGCACUCACGAACUCAUAGUGGCCGUCAGAAGCUACGGUGACGAUUCUAAAGUGGUCACCAACUCGUUUCACACCCUGACCUUAACACUGACCGGGGUUAACGACAACGAACCCUACAGCUUGUACCCUAUACACUACACGACUGUCAAGGAAUCCGACGCGAACGUUGAAGUUUACGACUUCGGAGCGCAAGAUAACGACGUCGGAUCUACUCCUGUAUACUCGACAACAUCCACCGAUUACACUGUGAACGCGGGAAACGGAAAAGUGACUGUCGUUAAUAAAAACGCGAUGGCUAAAGACGCAGCGAACUGUCCAACCGACGAUGAGGUUCCUAUAGUUGGAACAUCGGGAGGCACUGCACUAGCUAUGACACUAUAUGUCCAGGCGAUUCCCGAAGACAUGACAGCUCCGGUGUUUAAUCCGGCAGUACCAGAUGUCGGACCUUUCGCUGAGGGCGCGAAUGCUAUAGGCAGUGUAAUUAACUCGGUUACUGUGGAUGACCCAGAUUGCAAACUUUUCGGAGCGGAGGGAAUUCGGUUUAGACUCACUCCCAGUACUGUUGACUGUUGCAUAAUAUCGCCAGGAGUUGCAGCUUCUGGAUCCAUUUCGGCAGACAUCGUCUUGAAGAAACUCCUCGAUUACGAUAAAAUGGGAGCAUCAUUUACUUUGGAAGUUGAGGCUUACAAUAUCUUGGACCCGAAUACCGUUAUUAUCACCGAUACUUUCACAGUUACAAUAACCGAUACCACAGAUGCUUAUCCUGAAUGUCCAAAUACUGUUGUCGCAUUUGUUGACGAGACACCCGCGACAGCUGCAACGUUUGUUGCGUCAGUCGCAUGCUCGGCGGGUCCGACUUACACCUACGCUUUGACAGAUGCGGUCUUUGAACUGGACGGAAGCGACGUUGAAAUCAAAACGACAGGAUCCUUGGACUAUGAAACCACCACAGAGUACUCAUUGAUAGUUACUGCUGAAAUCACAGGCGAAACAGAUCCGGUCAAUAUUCACGUUAAGGUUUUUGUCCAGCCGACAAACGAGGACGACCCGGCUUGGACCGGCUCAGCGACCCUGACCAAGAGUGAAAAUCUACCAGUCGGAACCGGCUUGGACACUUUCACAGUGGCCGAUCCGGAUAAAGGCGGUCACGGGAUCCUAAAAGACACCAUUGCUCUGGUCGACAAUUUCGGAGGCACAUUCCAAUUGUACAUCGAAGAUAACGCCGGUUCUACGAGUUAUGACGUGCAGUUGAUUUUGGCUAAGCCCUUAAAUUUCGAAGUUAAAAACUCUUACAGCCUCGUGUUGACAGCUAAGGAUCCCGACACGGCGGCUACCCACGCAGUGACGCUGACAGUUUCGGACGAGGGCGAGUUCCCACCUUCGUGUGCCGAGUCGUCAGUUCGGAUCGCCAUUUACGAAACAGUGACACCGACAACUGUCUUGCACGAGAAGUUUACUUGCAACGCGAACGACGCGGGAGAAACCAUUUCGUUCGCGAAGGCCUCGGGCGACGGGAGAUUCGCAGUUGAUGCGACGACAGGGAAAAUUUCACUCGUCGCCAAUGACCUUGACUUUGAAGACACAAACACGUGGGAUAUUGUGAUAGAUGUGAAAGACGGGGGAGCCACGGACCGGAAAAUUUACGUAACUGUAGAGGUGCAACCUGUGAACGACAACUCGCCGGCGUUCGCAGUGGCCAAUCUUCCCGCAAUCAGCAAAUCAGAGACGACUGCAGUCGGCACUCUCCUUGCGACUGUCGCGGCAACAGACGGCGACUCCGACAACACGCUAACUGAUCACUCUGUGUUGAUUUAUCAGAUCUGCAACAGCCUCGAAGCCGAAGACAUGUUCAGCAUAGUGUCCAGGGGCACAGAUGCGGGUGACCUCUACCUCACAAACGAGUUAGACUACGAAGUGAAGACAGAGUACAUAUUCGAAGUGUGUGCGUCCAAUCCUACUGACCCGACUAGUGCUAGUCCAACUGCCACCCAGACUCUAACAGUGUCUGUCACUGAUGAGAAUGACAACAGUCCAGAUUGUGUGGUGUGUCCGUUCGCAGUGGCGGUUGAUGAAAACGCAGCAGCACCUGUGACCUCGGUUGACCUCAAGUGUUCGGAUGGAGAUGGAGACACUCUAACCUUCACUCUAAGUGAUGCCACCAACUUCGCUGUAACUGCUGGAAAAUUCGUCAUCAAUCCACUGGACUACGAGGCUGCCGCUCUACACAGUGUGUCCAUAACAGUCUCUGACGGGGACACUACUCAUGACUUCAUCUGCUUCGCUACUGUCACUGUCAACCCAGUUGAUGAAGCCAGUCCUACCUGCGACUCAGCGCCCUUCACCGGAUCGAUAGACGAGAACACUCUGGACCAGUCGACUAUAGCCACAGUGUCAGCCACAGAUGCAGCGGAUGGCACAAAUGCAGAUGGAAUCACAGGCCAGAAUAGCUACAGUCUAGUCCAGGCAACUGAUCUGUUUCAUCUAGAUCCAGACACUGGAGUCGUCACCAAUUUAGUCAGAUUGGACCGUGAACAGGCGGACAACUACGAAAUCGAAGUGGUGGCAUCAGACGGGGCAGGCAAUGACGUCACGUGCACAGUGUCAAUGACAGUUGAUGACUUGAAUGACAACUACCCCCAGUUCAGCCAGGACAGCUACACGGUUGUGGCCACAGACAGCCUGGCAGCUGCUCCUUUGAUCACUAUCCAGGCCUCUGAUAAAGAUGAUGGUGUGAAUGGAAACAUACAAUACACACUUGUAAGCGACUUCACCUCAACAUUCUCGAUUGACGCCACGACAGGAGCACUCGACAUUGUCGCACUAGAUUUCGACGACGCUACUGUCACUCGGAUUUUCGACGUCCAAGUUGUCGCCACAGAUCAAGGUGCAGCACCUUUGGCUACAACUGUAAAUGUAGCGGUGACACUCCAGCCGAUUAAUGAAUUCACGCCGGCGUUCACUGGGACACCUUACACCGAGACGCUUGCCGAGGACACGGCUUUGGGAACUGUUUUGACGACUGUGGUUGGGGCAACUGAUGAUGAUUCCACGACAACUGGCGACGGAAAAAUAGCAUUUUACAUCGACCCGCCCAGCGACAAAUUUGAAAUAUCGUCUAACGGAGAAGUUACACUAGUCGGCGAACUUAAUUACGAAGAACUUGUUUCGCCUUAUGAGAUCACUCUAACUGUAUAUGCAUACGACUUUGGCGAGAAUCCCGCUCGCAAGUCAGCUUCCACCAGUUACGUAAUAACUGUGACGAAUGUAAAUGAUGUGUACUCGGUGUGUGAUUUCACGACUAAAAUUGUGAAAGUUCUAGAAGAUCCGAGCUUGAAUUCAGGAAACUUGGCGACGCUGACUUGUUCGGAUACCGAGGAUGAUACGACAAUGGGCUACGCAGUUGCAGCUGUCAAUGACGAUCCGAGCUACGCAGGAACUCCGGCAUUCACAAUGAGUUCAAACGUCCUCCAAUACUCGGGCGGUGCUUUCGACUAUGACACUACAAAUUUCUUCAAAGUGACAAUCGAUGUAACAGACCACGCGACGACGCCUUUAACAACGACAGUCGAAGUGGAUGUUUUUGUGGUGCAAUCAAUCACAGCGGAUCCCACGUUCAGUCCUGCGUCGUACUCGCUAAGUGUGGACGAAAACCAAAACGCUGGAACCCUAGUCGGUAACAUUGACACGACUACUGAAGGAAAUGACAUCGUUUACUCUCUCAGCGGUACCAGUUUGUUUUCGAUCGACCCGAUGACUGGUGAGAUUUAUACGGCUAAGGAACUGGACACAGAAGCGGCUACAUCCCACACAUUUACAGUUCAAGCAACAUCAACUGAAUCCGACCUUUUGUCAUCUGGUCUGACAGGUUAUACAGACUUAUCAAUCACAGUUACAAUCGACGAUGUGAACGACAACGCUCCCGCAUUCGCCAACGAUGUCUACAUUGUAACGGUCACCGAAGGGUCGACAGCGACUAUAGCUUUAACGACUUCGGACGGUGAUGACGCGGCUCCAAAUAACGUCAUCGCAAGUGUGGCGAUUGACCCGAGCUACAACGGUGGAACCGAGUCGGCAAGCUUUGUCUACGGUGCUGGAACUUUGACUAUAAAUGGAGACAGUGGACUUGACUUUGAUAGUGGAACUGUUGACUAUGAGAUACGACUUGAAGUAAUUGACACCGGCGCGACACCUCUCACAGGAACCUGUACUGUCUUCGUGAAAGUUUUGAACGACAACGAGGCGACACCAGCUUGGGCAUCUGCGACAACUUUCAAUGUCGACGAAGCGCAACCAGUUGGAACUGUUGUGACGACAGUCGCGGGAACCGAUGGUGAUUCGACUGCAACAGGAGACGGUGUUCUACGCUACGAAUUCACAGCUGCGAAUAACGAGUUCUCAAUUGGAUACACGACAGGGGAGAUUAAAACGAAAAAAGUCUUCGAUUACGAGGCAACUACGACUUACUCGAUGACCGUCCGAGUUUCGGAUCUCGGAGGCACACCUCUAAGCGUCGACCAGUUGAUAGCUAUCGACAUAAAUGACAUUAAUGAUGAGCAACUUGAAUGCGGAACACCAAAUGAAGCUUUCAACUACCGAGUAACAGAAACUACGACAACUACCGCUCCUAUUGGAACCAUAACGUGUAAUGGAAACGACGCGACAGCUGGGCUGAACACUCUAAGUCUGGGAACCAUAGUCAUUUCUCCGAACGUCGCAUGGCUAACGGCCACAGCUGCAGGCACUACAGUUACAAUUUCCCAUUCGGCUGCAAUUGAUUACGAGAGCUUGACAGAGCACCAUUACACUAUGACUAUUCCAGUUAUGGACAACGCUGGAACGGCGCCAUCAUCAACUGUAAUUUUGGAAAUCGACAUUGAGAUUGAAAAUGAUAACGAAGAUACACCAGCCUUCGCUGUUCUCCCGGCAACUGUAAGUAUCGACGAGACGGUACCCGUCGGGUUCUCGGUUUUCAAUGCGAGUGGAAUCGACGGCGACUCGGGAGACUUUGGAAGUCUCCGGUUCGAAAUCACAAGUGGAAACGUCAAAGGAGUGUUUAGAAUCGAAGAAUUCACUGGGAAAAUAACGACUACAACUUUACUCGACCGUGAAACUUUGGCCGGCUAUAGCCUUGGAGUUUCUGUUUACGACGGAGGAGCUUUGACGUCUACUGCAAUAUUGACAGUAAAUCUGAAUGACAUAAAUGACAACCCUCCAAACUGUCCUCCCGCAAUCGAAGCUGUGAAUGUUCAGGAGAAUCUCACAAAUGCAGAUGGAAGUUUCCUAACGAUAACAUGCACUGACGAUGAUGUAAUAGUCGACACGGCGGCUGUACUUACGUAUACUAUUGCGUCAUCGCUCCCUUCGGCCCCAUUCAAGUUUGACGCGACGAAUAAAGAUGAACUUCUACUAAAACCAUCUGACAAUCUUGAUUACGAAACAGCUCAAAAUUUCACACUGAUAGUUGAAGUAAAAGACUCAGCAAGUACUCACACUGCAACAACAACGGUCUUCAUAACAAUUGACCCUGUAAACGAAUUCGACCCAACUUUCACUGCACCAAGCUACGAGUGCAACAUUACCGAAAGUUAUGUAAUAGGCGAUUUUGCGUGCGCAGUAUCUGCUUCGGAUCUCGACGAUGGAGAUGACGGAAGAAUCCUGUUCGACAUUGAAGCUGCAGGCAACGAGCUAGGAAAGUUCAAGAUCGACUCGGAAAAUGGAGAAAUCACGCUUCUAAACACUAUAGAUGUUGACAGUUUUCCAGGGCUCAACAACCCAGUUGUAUUCACGUUGUCGAUAAGUGCGGAGGAUCAGUCUCUAACUUCACACAGAAGCGCAACUCCAGCUACUGUCGUGAUCAAUGUCUAUGACGUAAUCGACGCAAGUCCUGUCUGUGAUUCAUUUGAGGAACUUUCCAUUCCUGAAGAUCGAGCCACACCUUCGAUUCUUUUUGACAUUGAUACUCUCUGUACUGACACGGACCAAGGAGAACCUCCUUUCACUGUUUACCAAAUUCUAUCCGGAAACUCUGAGGGCAAAUUUGACAUAUCUGGAUCUGAUUUCAGACUAGUCCAAAGCCUGGACCACGAAGCCUCUGAGUAUUACAACAUAACAAUCCGGGUAUGCGACGCUGCAUUCCCCACACAGUUUUGCGUGACAACUGAGGUUUUGAUCAAAGUCGACCCGGUGAACGAGUGCGACCCGGUGUUUACUCCCCCCGCGUCGGGAGUCUUCGAUGUCGCGAUUUCAGAAGACAUUCCGAUCGGUACGACAAUUAUGACAAUAACCGCGUCUGAUUGUGACAAUCCGACAACCGACUUCGGGCAGUUUUUCUUUAAAAUGGUCAACGCUACAGCUGAUAAUUCUGAUGUAUUCACAAUUGAUAAAAGCUCAGGGGAACUGAUAACAGGAAAGCGACUCGAUUACGACACUGCUCCUAAUUCCUACAUCUUUGAAGUGUCAGUCUGCGAUUCUCUGACAAAUGCGACUCUUGCAAGAUCAUCGGUCAUUAACGUGACUGUCAACCUCUUGGACAUCAACGACAACCGACCUCUGUUUAAUCCUGCCACUUACACUUCAAGUGUGAUUGAUGACAUCGCUGCUGGAACUCCGAUCAAGGUUCUGAUAGCGACUGACGCUGAUUCCGGGAACAACGCGGUAAUUACAAUGAAAGUCACAGGAGGCGACCCGGGUGAGCAGUUUUACAUGGACGGAAACAUCUUGACUCUCGACGGAGCUCUUGACGCUGAGGUAGUUGACACUUACAAACUAGUUGUCGAAGCGAAAGACAACGCCGAAAGUGGUCAAGAAAUGUCAUCAACAGCUUUGGUCAAUGUUUUUGUGUCGAAGCGCAACAACGAGCCACCGACUAUUGUCCAACUAAACGACACGCAAUUGAGCUUCCCUGAAAAUACCCCAAUUGGAACCUUGCUCUUUAAAGUCGAAGCGACUGAUGAUGAUACAGCUUCAGCAGUGUUGAGUUACACAAUUGCAAGUGUGACGACGGAUCGAACCUCGCUCCCUGCGCCCCAGUACCAAAUUGAUUCGACAAACGGCAACGUAUAUCUAGGAGUGGAGUACGAUUAUGAGGAUGGAAAACAUGACGUCAUAAUUGUGUCGGUAUCCGACGGAACCAACGUGCGAAGUGUCAAGAUUGAGGUUAACAUUACAAACGUGAACGAACAUGCGCCCACUUGUGAUUCGGCUUUGUUGACUAUCGGCUAUGAUGAAAACUCGCCUAAAUCUGUCGUGUCGUUGCUCGAAACAGACGGACUUGUUUAUGAUAUGGACUACCAAGCUGCAGGAAUUACCAACGCAAUGAAAUUCAAACUGCUCUACGCUUCAGCAGCGGAUGUUUUUGCGAUUGACCCGUUCACAGAUGCUACAGGAAACACGGCGCUGAACGGACGUCUCGAACUCAUGACGCCGAUUCUUGACUUCGAAAGCGACACUAACCAGUACAGUAUAAUAUUCGAAGUCUCCGACGAGGAUUACAACCCGACAUCCUUGACAUCCACAUGUAACUUGAAAGUUCUAGUCCAGGAUAUAAAUGACAACGCGCCUCAUUUCACUCCGAAGUCGCUUUUCCUGGAAGCAACUGAGCUGAUCGCAUUUUCCCAGAAACUGGACGUCGCAGACAACGAUGCAGGGUCAACUAUUACAGCAUGCACGACGAAUGCUUCGGAUUUUUCGGUAGCAUUGGCACCAAAGACGCUGAAUUUUGACCUCGUGGCGACAACUUUCACGAGAGAGUAUUUGGGAGUGCUUUCUAAUUCGCUGUACGUUCUGGAAGUUUACUGUUCGGACAAUGGAGUUCCGGUGCUGAAUGGGACACAGACUGUGUUUAUCCACAUGCAGGACGUGGACAACAACCCCCCUCUCUUCUCCGCCGCCGCCAUCAAUGUAUCCACGCCAGAGUGCUCCCCACUUGCAAUGUCCGCAUUCCAGGUCAUUGCUUCCGAUCUUGAUUUGGGUGACAACGCUGAAGUGUCCUACACCAUUCUUCCAGCAAGUACCGACUACGCAAGGCGAUCUGAUUGGUCAAUCAGCUCCAGUGGAGAUUGGUCGCCUGUUGUCCAAUUAGAUUACGACAACCUCGCUACACGAACUUACAGCUUCGAAGUGCUGGCCGAGGGUGUUUUGAAUUCGACUAAAAACGACAGAACCAAUCUUUUGAUCAAUCUUGAGAAUUGCAACGAUGAGACACCUUACUUCACGACUGGAAACAUCCUAUAUUUCUCUAUUGCAGAAGAAGAAUAUAACGUGGCAACACGUGUAACCCCGGUGAUGCCUACAGGCGGACUUGCAAACGUAACUGAUCUCGACAGUUCGGCCUUCAAAUACGAGGUAAUCGCGGGCGAAAACGCGAACUACUUCACAGUUGACCUUGACACUGGUGAAAUUCUAACCGCAGUUGCUGAAAUUGACGCCGAAACAGUCAGUCAAUUUAACUUGACUGUUCGAGUCAAUGACACGGAUUCACCCUCACUUUACGUGGAUGUUCAAUGCAUCAUAGAUGUCGUUGACCUCAAUGAGUUUUCCCCAGUUUGUGGGUCUAAUCAGUACGUCGAAACAGUUUCGGAGGAUGCUAACAUCAAUACUGAAGUCAUUACUGUCACAGCUACGGACGCAGAUCAGGGUCAAACAGUCGCGUACUCAAUUAAGAAGCAAGUUUACUUAGACGAAACGGACAAUUCGGAGACUAAUACCAGUUCGUUCACGAUCGACGCGACGUCGGGAUCUAUCAAGGUCGGCACGUCCCUGGACUACGAACUGGGAACCAAGAUACUCCUGGACGUUUGUGUCACUGAUUCAGGAUCCCCGACUCAGAAGUCUUCGACAUGUUCUGUGACCUUAGUAGUCAUUGACGUGAAUGAUAACUCGCCUAUUUGGGUAAAUACAAGGAAUACUGAUUUUUACACUGCCGGAUACCCUUGCGACGGAAGUGCUUCGACAAUCAACUCGAUUCUGACCAUCGAAGCGAUUGACAACGAUGCAAGUGGAACUGACUUCGGAACCAUAAGUUACGAUUUCGUCGAGGAGUACGAUCAGUUUGAACUCGACCAAGUCACUGGCGACAUCUACCUGAAAUUGGGUCAAACUGUGGAGUGUUACCGCACUUAUGUUUUGGACGUGAGAGCCUACGACGCUGGAACCCCUGUAAACGAGGCCUUUGCGAAAGUCAGGAUCGACACUUUCCCCCCGUGGCAACACACAGUGCGGGUUGGACUGAACAUGGCCUUCGAGAGAUUCGAUGCUGACUCUGUUGGAUUCUUGGCCAGCUGCACUGCCUAUAUCCAGAGCAAGGGAUACCCAGAUGCAUACUGUGGAUAUCAUGACCCCACCCGGUUCAACUCACCAACUCCGGCUGCGAGACAGAAGCGAUCUUUAAUAAGUGACACUGAAGUGGGUUUGUACGUGGUGAUGGGCGACGGCGCCAGUUCAGCCCAGAAUCUGGACAGUGUCAUGGAAUUCAUGCCACAAGACCAGCUGUUUGACCUUCUGGCGGUAAACGAGAACGGAGAUCCCGAACCCGACUACAUCAAUUCGUACACCUACACGAACCCCUUGGGUGAGACCAGCAACCCAGUGUACUACAUAGCAAGGGAUGACUCCAUCCCCUCCACCGGUGGUGGUCCGUGGGCGGAGACAGCGGGGGGCAUAGCAGUCAUUGUUCUCUGCUCUAUUCUCGCACUCUGCCUUCUUGCUGCUCUAUUCGCAGUCGGAUUCUACGCCAUAAGGAAGCUAUUCAUACCGAAAACCUACAAUUGGAGACCGAAGGAGGUGACCAGUGUGAGUGGACCUGACAUGGAGGCGAGGAGAAACUGGAAGAAGGCCAUAAGGAAGGCCAUACUCAUGAGCAAACUGGCCACUGCCAAGGCCAUAGACCCAGCGACUGGCCGCGUGUAUGUGUACAACAAACUGACCAAAUCGACCCGAUGGCUGAAAACUACCAAGGGGGGAACAGUGAAGUCAUCCACAGGGUACAAUCCGCAGGAGAUAGACGACCCAAAUCCCCACAAGGCAGACGACGCCCAAUGAGGAAGGAAGCAAGUUGCUAUUAUGACGUCAUUACUACGUCAUCAAGGACGUGAACACAAAGUGAACGAAAAGUAUUAUUGAAUGAAUCUGAAUGUGAUAAAUCGACCUAACUAAAUUCUCUCAAAAGACCAAAAAAAAACGAUCAAUUGGGAAAAAAUCUGGUCUAAACUGCUUGAAAAAUAACUGACACUAACAUACUUUAAGAUGAUCCAGACCUCUUGACAAAAAACUAGAAAAAAUAAUCUUAAAUUGAAUAAAAAUAAUGCUCUUAUGGUUGUUAAUUAAUUGACAUAUCAAACAUCAGCGUUUGAUUAAACGAAAUUUAUUUUCUAAUUUAGAUUUAUUUUAGAUGCUAUCGACUUUAUGGCUAAUUACUUAAAUUUAAUUGACUUGAACUUGAA